AUGCUGUCCUCCGAGAUUGUCUACCGGCACUCGUUGGACAAUGGCGGAGGCCAAGGGCCACCAGUUUCGAUUUCAGCGAUCUCAACUGCAGGUGCUGUUCGGACCCGAAAAGGCCCAUUCUCUCAAAGUGAUCCUGCACCUGCAGAUCCAGCGCUCCUUCUGAGUACUGGCAGCAUUCCUGAGACAAGCAUCGAAGGGUCAUCGCCCUCGUCCACCGCAACUUCGGAGGGAAACACGUCCCCCACCUCGGGCCUUGACACACCACGUUCCUCCUCUCCCGCCGUCUCCACAGCGGCGAGCAGCGCAACAGGUUCCCCGCCUGUCCCUUCCCCUGCGGCCUCUGACGUCACUGGGUUACCAGGAACAGCCGAAGCGCCCACUCCCGGCACAGCCAAGAGAGCAACCCCUCCUCCUCCCCCUCCGACCACGACUGUCGUCGAUGGAGGGACAAAGGAGCAGCGCAGCAAUCAUGCCACUGUUGCCCUCCCCACACAGCAGGCAUCUCUCCUGGCGCCUGUGAAAAAGGGUGCUUCCGCAAGCGCGCUCCCCAAGCGUCCCUCUCGGCCAAGUUGUGUAUUGGGCCAGCCACCAGCCGAGGACCGCUUCCCUUCCAUCCCAUCUGCAGGAGCCCCAAGCGGAACACUACUAUGGCCACCGCUCGUCUCAAUCCCGCGGCCCAAACCCAAGCGUGUUCACAAACCCGCCCCAACCACUGCACAAGCACAGACUCCUACUGUCACACAUUUGGACACAGUCCUCUUUCGCCCUACUGAGAGGAAGGCAUCCUUGCGGACUGCCACGCAGGAAGCCAUCUCUGCCUCUCUUGCUCCCAUUGAUGGAGUUCUGCGUGUGCGAGUUGACUUUCGGCGCAAUGUGGUCGCGGCCGACGUUGCUCUGGGCACACCUCUCGCCACCCUCCUAGCCAUUGCCGACAUCUGCGGCAUCCCAGUGCGAGCAAAGAAGGCGACCACCAAUACCUAG